CUUGAGAGGAAGCCAAGGUUCCAGUGGUAGUAACAGCAACGGGAGUUAUGGAUCAAAUCAGUUUGUGGAGAAACUUGCAACAGACCUACUGUUUCUUGAAAUUUUACGAGUUGCGCUCAAUCAAGAUUCGAAUGAUGAUUCAGAUUCCGAAAAAACUGAGUAGUCCCAUCGAGAAAUUGCUCAUCCAUGGACCAGGAAGGAAAUGCUUGGAAGAGGUGCCUUUGGAGCCGUGUACGGAGCAGUAGACAAAAAUGGAUUUGAGUUUGCUGUAAAAGAAGUACCGAAGGAUGGAGUAGAAGAAAAGUCUCUUCGCGAAGAAGUGAAAGUGUUGGGAAAACUGUCGCAUACUAAUAUUGUGCAGUUUUAUGGGUGUGCUGGAGAUAAUCAGAAAAUCUACAUGUAUAUGGAAAUAAUGCAAGGUUCAAUUAAGGACAUCAUAGACAAUUCCGGAAAAACCAUUCCGCAAGGUCAGGCACGUAAAUAUACCAAGGAUCUAGUUCAAGGACUGGUGUAUUUGCAUCAGAACGGAGUAGUUCACAACGACAUCAAGUGUGCAAACGUUCUUUUGGAUUACAACGGAAUCGCUAAACUGGCUGACAUGGGAGUGUCAAAGAAACAUGAUCAAGAAACCCUGAUUAGCUAUACCGAUGAGCAAGUAGGCACUAUCGCGUGGAUGAGCCCCGAAGUAAGCGAAGGACGUGAUAGCGGGAAGAGAUCAGAUGUUUGGAGUAUGGGAUGUACUGUCUACGAAAUGCUCAAAGGCAAACCGCCUUUUGUUGAUCAACUUCCCGCGAUUCUUGUAUACACUGUUCUACCACAGUUGAUAAAGGCACUUGAGCACAGAAAACUGGUUGGUCGACAAGAAGACUUUUCGAUUUCGAUCAAGCGGUUCUUGCUGAGAAUAUUCGUCAGAAUGGAGGACAGGCCACUUUCUGAAAACAUUGCUAAAGACGAAUGGCUACAAUGAAGUCCUGAAAUCAGGCAACUGUACAUAUGCACAUAUUGAACUGUUUUCCAUGUAAAAUUUUACGUAUACGGCAGUGGUGCUGAAUCACGUUAUAGCAGAUGGAGAUCAACUGAAAACAUAAAUGAUUGACUAAAAUAGGAUUCGAAAGAUAUGAAAACGACGAAUUUCGUUUGGAAUUUAUCACACGAAGUAGCCUAUAAACCCGCUUCAAAUAGUAGAUCUUCAAGACGAAUAAGUAUAUUAAAUUUAUUACCUGAAUGUGAAGAACUGGUGGCGAUAUUCAAGUUCAUCCCAUAAGUUUUCCGUUUCACAUUCUAACACAUAUAAUAUAUAUAUUUGAUGUGAUCACAGAUUGAGAGCUUCUUACACAAGAAACAGAUUGUUUUCAUCAUUACUGUUUAAGUUUAAUACCUGCUUGACUUACACUGAAAUUCGUUACCAGAUGAUUCAGAAGCUAUAUAUAUAUAAGUUGUAGAUAAAGUUACACAGCUUUAGCAAUUCAUAUCAGUAAGCCUGUACCCAACAAUAACAAAAAUUUAGCAAAACGAUCAGUCUGGCGUGGGAGAUUGUUUUCUACUUUUGAACAAUGUGGAAACGUGGAAAAAACGUGAAGAACCACCAAUGAUCGUCAAAUUUCUCUCUCUUUCAUAGAUAACGACUACUGAACCCCAAGUAGUCCAUGCCGACAUUCUGGCCACCCCGUGGUGUUUUUAUCUGUACAAACAUGUUAUUUCCGAUGUAGAUACGCGUCGGCAUUCCACUUUUCAGUGAUGCCAUGCAACCUAGGCCUACUAUCCAGUUACGAACAGAAAAAUUGCCAUUUUAAUGGCGUGGCUGUGGCAAUGGUGUUUAUAAGCUGCAUAAAAAUGCAAGUGAUCUGAGUAAAUUU